AUGUGUGUGUGUGUGAGUGUGUGAGCGUGUGUGUGUGUGUGUGUAUGUGUGUGUGUGUGUGUAGGGUCGUCUCUCCGCUCCAGGAAGCCGGCCGGCUGUUAGGCAGCACCCGGUCCCGGCCCAGCCGUCGCGACCCCCGCCCGCGGCCACCAGUUCACAGGUCUUGCAGACUCAACCUGCUCACGCCAGGGGAGGACUCCUGGGGCCCUGGGACUUGGCACCAAGCCCUGGAUAAACAGGACAGUUGCACCAUGUGUGUGGGGCUGAUCGAGAAGUAUGUGGCUGCCAUGGUGCUGAGUGCGGCCGGAGAUGCCUUGGGGUUCUUAAACGGAAAGUGGGAGUUCCUCCAGGAUGGGGAGAGGAUUCACCAGGAGCUAUCCCGGCUCGGGGGCUUGGACGCCAUAGACGUGGAGAAGUGGAGAGUCAGUGAUGACACGGUGAUGCACCUGGCCACGGCCGAAGCGCUCGUAGAAGCCAGGGACGCCUCAGACUUGUCUCGACUCUACUCCCUCAUUGCUAAGAAUUACCAGGAUUGCAUGGGAGACAUGAAUGGCCGAGCCCCAGGCGGCGCCUGUAUGCAGAAUGCUCGGCUGCUGGAGCCCCACAAGCCCAAUGGCUGGAGGAUUCCCUUCAACACCCACGAGGGCGGCUGCGGGGCUGCCAUGCGCGCCAUGUGCAUCGGUCUUAGGUUCCCUCACCCCGACCAGCUGGACAUGCUGAUCCAGGUGAGCAUCGAGAGCGGCCGAAUGACCCACCACCAUCCCACCGGCUACUUGGGGGCCCUUGUGUCUGCUCUGUUUACAGCCUACGCUGCGAGUGGCAGGCCACCCCCUCAGUGGGGGAAGGGACUGAUGGAAGUGCUGCCAGCCGCCAAAGAGUACGUCGUGAGAUCUGGCUUCUUUGUGGAGCAGAAUCUUCAGCACUGGUCCUACUUCGAAGAGCAGUGGGAAAAGUACCUAAAACUUAGAGGGAUUUUGGAUGGACAAUCAGCUCCUACCUUCCCCAAGCCCUUUGGUGUGAAGGAGCGGGAUCAGUUCUACUCGUCUGUGAGCUACUCUGGGUGGGGUGGCAGCAGUGGCCACGAUGCCCCCAUGAUCGCCUACGAUGCCAUCCUGGCGGCGGGCAACUCCUGGAAGGAGCUUGCCCACCGAGCCUUUUUUCAUGGUGGAGAUAGCGAUUCGACAGCCGCCAUCGCUGCCUGCUGGUGGGGCGUGAUGUAUGGUUUUGAAGGUGUGAGUCCUUCCAACUAUGAGAAACUCGAGUACAGAAGCCGGCUGGAGGCGACAGCGAGAGCUCUCUACUCCCUUGCGUCAAAGAAAGAGGCCAAAAAGGAGCUGUGAUGUUGACUUCUGCUGGUUUUCCCUCUUGUUCAGCCCCUUUCCUGGUCAGUUCAUUUUCACUUUUUCCAGAGUCAAGAGGUUUUUUUUUUUUUAAUGACAGUGUUUUAUUUUUAUUUUAUUUUUGCUUUUUGGGUCACACCCAGCGAUGAAUAGGGGUUACUCCCGGCUCUGCACUUAGGAAUUACUCCUGGUGGUGCUGGGGGACCAUAUGAGAUGCUGGGAAUCAAACCUGGGUCGGCCGUGUGCAAACGCCCUACCAGCUAUGCUGUCACUCCAGCCCCAAGAACCAAGAGUUUUAACCUGUACUCUGAGAAUUUUGAGAUAGUAAGUCUCUCGGGCUCCUGAAAGUCUAUCUUCCCAGUGGCAUCCUUCCCCCAACUAUCCCUCUUCUAGUCCUGAAUAAUAUUGCUCAGGAUGGAGUUAGUUUUCCACACCUGACAUGUCUUAU